GGCGCAGGGGCCGCCUCGGCCUGGCGGGGAGGCGGGGAGGUGGCCACUGGCUCCGCCCCGCUCCCCUCUGACCCGGUGUCUGGUCUCUCCGUCUUCCUGUUCCAAACCACGUGGACGCGUCGGGGCUGUGGGAGGCAGCCCGCGCCGCCGCCGUCGGUGUCGCCGCCACCACCACCGCCGGGGUCACGAGUCCCGCGUCUGUCCGAAGUCGCCGCUCUUGGGCUGCCCACUUCUCUGCGGUGGGCGCGCACAUGGCGACUCAGGCGCACUCCCUCAGCUACGCGGGGUGCAACUUCUUGCGCCAACGUCUGGUCCUGUCCACCCUGAGCGGGCGCCCAGUCAAAAUCCGAAAGAUUCGGGCCAGAGACGACAACCCGGGCCUCCGAGAUUUUGAAGCUAGCUUCAUAAGGCUGUUGGACAAAAUAACGAAUGGUUCUCGAAUUGAAAUAAACCAAACAGGAACAACCUUAUAUUAUCAGCCUGGCCUCCUGUAUGGUGGAUCUGUGGAACAUGACUGUAGCGUCCUUCGUGGCAUUGGCUAUUACCUGGAGAGUCUUCUUUGCUUGGCACCAUUUAUGAAGCACCCAUUAAAGAUAGUUCUACGAGGAGUGACCAAUGAUCAGGUUGACCCUUCAGUUGAUGUUCUUAAGGCAACAGCACUCCCUUUGUUGAAACAGUUUGGGAUUGAUGGUGAAUCAUUUGAACUGAAGAUUGUGCGACGGGGAAUGCCUCCUGGAGGAGGAGGCGAAGUGGUUUUCUCAUGUCCUGUAAGGAAGGUCUUGAAGCCCAUUCAACUCACAGAUCCAGGAAAAAUCAAACGUAUCAGAGGAAUGGCGUACUCCGUACGUGUCUCACCUCAGAUGGCAAACCGGAUUGUGGAUUCUGCAAGGAGCAUCCUCAACAAGUUCAUACCUGAUAUCUAUAUUUACACAGACCACAUGAAAGGAGUCAACUCUGGGAAGUCUCCAGGCUUUGGGUUGUCACUGGUUGCUGAGACCACCAGUGGCACCUUCCUCAGUGCUGAACUGGCCUCCAACCCCCAGGGCCAGGGAGCAGCAGUACUUCCAGAGGACCUUGGCAGGAACUGUGCCCGGCUGCUGCUGGAGGAGAUCUACAGGGGUGGAUGUGUAGACUCGACCAACCAAAGCCUGGCGCUACUAUUUAUGACCCUUGGACAGCAGGAUGUUUCCAAAGUCCUGCUAGGCCCUCUCUCUCCCUACACGAUAGAAUUUUUGCGACAUUUGAAGAGCUUUUUCCAGAUUAUGUUUAAAAUUGAAACCAAGCCAUGUGGUGAAGAACUCAAGGGCGGGGAUAAAGUGCUGAUGACCUGUGUUGGCAUUGGUUUCUCCAACCUUAGCAAGACCCUCAAGUGAUAACCAUCACAAGAUAAGGCCCCAGUGACUGCAGACAAAGCAGAAGCUGCCACAGACACCAAUGGGACCAGGUCCAAAUGGAUUAAUCCGGGACAGCGUAGCCACUUGCUUAAUUUUCCUUGAAGAAAUAUCGACAUACAAAUAACAGUCCUCUCUAUAGCAUGUGGUUUCCAGCUGUUUCUCCAGUGGCGUUGCCAUUGCUCAGGAGGCCCAGUCACCAUAAGAGCUCCCUUGCCUUACCUGUGACUUCAGGCCACCGUCAUGCUGCUAGAACAGUCUCACAGCUGCAGUUCAGCUGUGCUUCCUCAGCCUACUAUCAUAGGCUUCCUUGGCCUUCUGUCAUAUGGCCGUUUUCCAAACCUGUGGAGUCUGUUACUGUUCUUUCUGCAAGGACCUAUACCUCCUUGAGCCUCAGUUUUUGUUGUAGGGAUCAAACGAGAUAAUGUGAGUGGUGGCUCUAUUCAUGAGUCCUGCAGUGCUAUGCAAAUGUCAGAAAUUGGUAUGUUAACUAUUUAUCUUUUGUCUUCUGAAUGGUUUGCUAUCAUGGACACCGACAAUGAUCUUCAUCUGGUUCAUUAUAUGUAUAUCUGAGGGAUGGGUGGCUGCAGGGGUCCAAGUAAAGUUAUUGGGAUGUUUUUUAUAUCCCAGUUGUGCUAUACAUUCUUAUUUCAUUCUCACGAUAGCUCCAUGAUGUAAAUUUUAUCUCCAUGAGAAAAUUCAUAAAGGGUGUUUUGUUUCUUUGAAAUGUGUAAUGUAAAGACAUCAGAUCUCCUGAUUUAAAGAUCUAAUUGUAAAA